AUGAAGCUCGACCCCUCUGCGACGGGUCUGUCGCUCGUCGCAGAGGUCGCAGCGUUCCUCGUGCGACUAGAUGACGCUGAUUUUGCGUCGUCAUCUUCGUCGUCGUCGUCGCAGGCUUCGAAGAGCUCUGACAACGAUCAUGACGGCGACGCGGCGCGGUUAGAAGUCACGCGGGAAGUGCGCGAGCAGCUCGAGGCCGCGUGGAAUCUCAGCCCCAGCGAUGCCGGGCGCGUCGCCAGGCGGAAACUUGUCAAGGGACAGCGGUUUUUGUCCGCUUCUGCGACGAAGCUGCCAACAGGGGUGGUGGCGGAGGUGGAAACCGAUCUGGGCGGAACCGUGGCGGAAAUGGAUCCUGCAGCGCGGAGGCGGGCGAUGCGGAGGAGGUUGCGCGCAGCCGCGCUCGCGAUGGGCUUGCGGAUGAGCGGAAACGCGCUGGGAAUGGCUGAAGAUUGGCAGGCGGAAGCGGAAGUGGAAUCGGAAGCGGAGGCGGAAGCCGCUUCAGCUUACCCGCGCGUUAAAGGAAGUGGCGGAGCGAGAAGAGGUUCCGCGGGCGGGGGAGCGGCUGAGGGGAUCACGAUGAGCGAGGAGGAGGUGGAUGCGCUGAUUCGUGACUAUGGCGGGGGUGAAACAGCGAUGAACGUUGAUUGGACGCAGCCGCGCUCGUUACUGCCGGCGAAAGAGGAGCUACGAUUGGCCGAACUGAUACAGCGCGGGAAUGAACUGGAGGAGCGAGCUAAGAUUGCUGCAGCCACUGCUAAGCCGUCAGGCUCGGCAGCCGUAGCAGCAGCAACAGCCUCAUCUGGUCGUGAAGUUAAUGCAACUCGUGAGGUUGCUGAGGGCUUCGCAGAUGCGCGUGGGGAUGGGGAAGCAGACGGAUAUGGAGAAGCUGAUGCGAGCAUCGCACAAUCGGAACAACAGCAGCAUGUGCAGCAGCAGCAACAGCAGCGGCAUGUGCUGUCGCAUGCGGAAUGGGCAGUGCUUUGCAAUCUGACUCCCAAGCAGCUGCACCGACAACUGUUCGCCGCUCAGGCUGCCCGAACCAAGCUCGUUCUGCACAACCUUCGCCUCGUGCUAUCCAUCGCUCAAUCGUUCCGCCUCUCCACGGGAGCCGAUUUCGUCGCCAUCUGUCAGCGCGGCCUCGAGGGUCUCACCACAGCUGCCCGCCGCUUUGAUCCCGCCAGGAAGCUGCGCUUCUCCACCUUUGCCACCCACGCUGUCCGCACAGCAAUCAUACGUGCUAUUCCCUCCACUCAGUUCGUGCGCAUGCCUGCUAGGAGCUCCAUGACCCUCAUUUCAGUGCGCAAGGCAAGAGCAGCAGUGGAGAACCGACUAGGCCGUAAGGCCACUGUAGCAGAGGUGGCAGCAGAGGCCGGCCUCUCUGCCGCCCAGUGCCGUGCCGCCCUUGCCGCCCCUCUCGUCACGCGCCCCGUCUCCCUGCACGCCGCGUCGCGGGUCACAGGGCUUGCACUGGAGGACACUAUAGCGAGGGCAGCCCUUGUUGCCGUGCUUGACACGCUACACCCACACGAGGCCACCGUGCUGAGGUGGCGCUUCGGGCUGGGCGGCAAGGACGGCGAGGGCGUGGGGGAGGUCUUAACCCUUCGGCAGAUAGCGGCCAAGAUGGGUCUGUCAUAUGAGAUGGUUCGGCGAUACGAGGCACGGGGCCUGCUGAAGCUGCAGGUGCCGGCACGAGCCCAGGCGCUGCAGGAGAGUCUUCAGGGGGAUUUGUGA